AGUGUUUGAAGCCUGUAUUGGUGUAUGUGCGGUAACAACAUGUCUGUGCCCCUCCUCGCGGAUGCCGUGACCGUUUCAGGCGCAGAGCGGGAGACUGCAGCGGUCAUUUUUUUACAUGGGCUUGGAGACACAGGGCACAGUUGGGCUGAGGCCCUCUCCUCCAUCCGUCUCCCUUAUGUGAAAUACAUCUGCCCUCAUGCGCCCAGGAUCCCUGUCACUCUCAACAUGAAGAUGGUCAUGCCGUCCUGGUUUGAUCUGAUGGGCUUAAGUCCUGACGCCCCGGAGGAUGAAACUGGAAUAAAAAAAGCAGCCGACAGCAUUAAAGCAGUAAUUGAACAUGAGAUAAAGAACGGGAUCCCAUCCAACCGCAUUAUCUUGGGAGGCUUUUCACAGGGCGGCGCGCUCUCCCUCUACACGGCACUCACUUGCCCGCAUCAACUGGCCGGCGUGGUGGCCCUGAGCUGCUGGCUCCCUCUGCACAAGGCCUUCCCUCAGGCUGCGAACAACAGCAUGAACAAAGACACCCCCAUUUUGCAGUGCCAUGGGGAGAUGGACCCCAUGAUCCCAGUCCGCUUCGGAGCCCUGACCUCUGAGAAGCUGAAGGCUAUCGUGGCCCCAAGUCGGAUCCAGUUUAGAACCUAUCCGGGGUUGAUGCACAGCUCCUGCCCUCAGGAGAUGAUGGCUGUGAAGGAAUUCAUUGAGAAGAUGCUGCCCAGGAUUUAAACAGAACUACUCCAGACUGUUGGUGGGGAGAGGAGACGGGGGUCGCCCCUGGCGGCCUUUCACCCUUGACCUCCUGGUUGCAAUCGGAAGCCACGGCAAUCCAUCUCCACUACUCCGGCUGGUUUCUUUUCUCUGGCCUCCCCCCUCCCUCCUGCACUCUGCUCCCCUCCUGUGCUGAGGGAGGGGGCGCCCCUCUCCUCCUCUACACGGAGCGAAGGUACAGAGCGGUUUUAAGGUACACCUGAGAUCCUGACGUGACUGCAUUCCUUGCAAAUCCAUAUUUUUGGUCACCUGAGUCCAGUCUUUCCCUCCUCUCUCUCUUUCUCUCUGUCCUCCUCCCUUCCCAACAACACUUACUGCAGCAGUGAGCUGGAUGGUAGCCAAAGGCUUAGAGCAAAAGGUAUUAUGGGAUUGUGCUCAGUAUUGCUGGGGAGUAUUUGCAAAACAUCCGUGCUCCCUUGAUGGUCUUCAUUCCCCCCCACCCGUCAGUGCAUUUUCCUUCUCCGUCACGGCAGAAGCUUUUUCCAGCUUGUAUCCCAUAGGAACCAUCUUCCUGGUGCGGGCAGAGUCGGAUCCUUUCUCUCCUUCCUUCCUUCCUUCCUUCCUUCCUUCCUUCCUUCCUUCCUUCCUUCCUUCCUUCCUUCCUUCGUCCUCUGUACCUUAGUCUCUGCUUCAGAAUCCCGGCAGUCUCUGAGGAGGAGGAGGAGCAGUAGCAGAAACGGAGGAGUGGCUGUAGGGUGCCUUCCCAACGCAUCCUGGAACUGCUCCCUAGUUGAUCCUCCUGCACUCUCCAGCGUGCACAGCACUCGCGGGGCGUAUCGGAGUGGCAGGUGGUUGGACGGCUGGCGCAGCCCAGGGACCCCCACCCACUGCGAGUUCCUGCCACGUUGUGUCUUUUAAAGGGCAAAGCUAGUAAAUUUUACAGUCCAUUCCUGCUCCUGUCUUCCCUCUGCGUGCUGGGCCCCUCUCGCUUGUAGCCACGUAGGUGGAGCAGAGGCCAGGGGAGCGUCUGGACUCAAGAGGCAGCCCCCACCCCAGCUCUGAGCAGCGCCCUCACCAGCAGUCACGGGCUCCUCUUGCCGCUGAGGCAGGGCCUCGGGCGGGGGUGUGCGGCUGCCUCACCCAGGGCGCCUGCUCGGCUGCCCCUUGCCCAUCUGUUGUGAGCAGAGCUACCAAGCAGAAGGAUCCCUCCUGGCCCGGGUGGCCGGUGCCUUCAGGGGUGGGGGAGAGACAGCUCCGUGUGCGUCUUGUCUCGUCUGUCUGGUUUUGCAUAGCUCCUCUCCCCCAGGAGAUAUGCUCUGCUGUUCAUGCCCAGCAGGAAGGAGACUGUGCUGUUGACAAGCAAGGGUUCCCUUAACCCCUCUUUCCCCUCCGACGGUCUUGCAGCCAGGGACAGCAGUAUCUUCUUCUGAGGGAGAUUUUUUUUUAAUUUUUCCUUUCACUUUCUGGAGAAGGGCCACCCCUGCCUCCUGAGCGACCCUCACACCCGGCUCUUUGGUGCCAACUUCCUCCGUUCACUUCCUGUCCAAUCGCCCUUCUGCGGUUGGCAGCGGCUACAGGAGAGCUGCCGCCAGCGCCACUAGGACAGGGUUGAUGGACCUUCGGCACUCCAGACAUUUUGGACUACAGUUCCCAGCAUCCCUAGCUUGUAUGGCCAGUGGUCAAGGACUGUGGGAGUUGUAGUCCACAUCAUCUGGAGCACCCAAGCUUCUCCAUCUCUUUCUCUUUCAUCACCACAAUCUUUAAGAUCCUGCUCUCAAGAGCUUGGAAGAAAAUUCCUCUUUUUUUUAAGAGUACAAAUUCUGAAACGUACACGCACACGCGCACACUCCAGCCAGAAUGAGACAGUUGGAGGAGGUGUUCUGAGAACUAGUAGCCAGGGAGGGGGAAAAACACACCCCACUUUACCAAGAUCUGAUACAGCAAAGAGUUUGUGUGUGCGGGGGGGGGGUGAAGGCCAUUUUCGUUCACCCAUAACUCGCCCUGUCCCUUCCAAACCUUUCACCCUCCUGGCUCCCUCUCCUGCUUCUGGCACAAGGCUGCCCGGCUUGCCCCUUGUCCAGCAGCUGCAGCCCCCUUCCUGCAGCAUGAAAUUGGGAUUAACUGGGCUGUGGGACCAAGCUCGGCUUCCGCCCAAAGCGAAAGCCUCCACCUUCCUUGACGGUGGCUCUGUGGAGGGCCCAGGGAGAAGCCUCCUCCCCUCUGUAUCCUUCUCUCCGCAGCUGAUGGGGCACCGGUUGCCCUUCUGCCAGUUUCAGGAACCGCCUCCAUCUCGUCCCAAAUAAAGCUAGGUUGGCCGCUUUCAGCCCAAGCUCACACCAUCGGAAAAGGCGGCUGGAGGGGGAAGGGUUUCAGGGCCAAGGUGGUUCAGAACAGGCUGGAGAGUUUGCGGGGGGCGGGGGCUCUUCAUCACCCAUUCCCGCCACAGGAGCCGAAAGCAGUAUUUUAUUUGGGGGGCUUGCAUCCUCCGUGGCCCCCUCUGCAGUUGGACAUACCAGGAGGCAGAAGCCCCCAGGCCUGGUCUUGCUCAUGCAGUAGAAUUAACUGGUAAAAUCCCGAGGCAAGGGAGCGAACGGGACCAUUCAGCAACAACAGUAUGUGUGUUUUCGAGGGCUUCACUACAUGUUUAUUUUAAUCAUCCCCACAAGUAAUAUACAGGCCCUCAACACAGAGGUUCUGGCCAACCCUUCUUCCUGCCUUGAGGACCACCUACCUACUUGCAGGCAGCACCUGUGUUUGUUGUUUUCCACACAGGGGGUGGAAAGAGUAGUUUUGUAUCGUGCAGCAGAAAGAAGACUUCAUUUUUUUCCCUGCUUUCUGCUGCAUCCUGUAGCCCAGGCCUCAGUUUUCUCCACACAAGAGGAGUGGGCGGGCGGGUGGGCACCCACAGAAAACCCAAGCUUCUGGUUAGGGUGGCCGUUGCAGCCCUCCUUCCUUUUAGAGGCUUAAGACCUAGCGGCUGUAAAAUGGAUUGCUGGGCGUAGCGAUGUCCAGACGAGCGUUCUGCUUUCCGCUGGCACCACCUCCAUCUUGGCGGGACCUUUGUCAAAGCGAUGACCUAUCUGACCUGCGGACCAGAGGCUUUUUUUUCUGGAGGGCGUGUGUUAAGAACGAGGAAGCCAAAGGAAGACGGCCACUUCUCUCUGUCCCCUGCACAGGCUUCUUUAUUCUCUUCCCGCCCUCUUUCCUUUUGUCUUCCUCAUGUCAUUUUUAUUUUAUUUUGUGUGUGUGUGUGUGUGUUCCACUGACAUUAAACAAACACAACUGUGGAGUGUCUCACCUUGUUGUUUCUUCAGUGUAGUUCAGGCAUCUCGGCUUCUCCGCAGUUAAGAGGAUGGCGUAGAGGGUUAUUAUUAUUUUUUAAUGCCGCUUCUCACACCUGCCUGAUAAGCGGCUUGGAGAUCCUUCUCUUAGAGAAACUGAGCUGGCAGGAGAAAGUGCCAGCUUGGUUAUUGGCAUCCAUGGGCUUCACAUGCAAGCUGGGAUUUGAGCGGCAGAAGGUAUCUCUGCCGCCUCCCCACUGCCACCUCAUUCAGCAGAGUCCCGAGUCCCUCUGUGCAGGGCUAGCAGGGGCUGCGAUCUUGCUCGGAGGGGCUACCGGAGAGAAGAACAAUUAGGGAAUCCUGUCUCUGCGUUGCAUGUAUCUAAAUGUGGGUCCACCCCACGACAGGGUUUCCAGAAUGGUCUGUGCCCUGCGAGGUGAGCCUCCCAUAUUGUUCGGAGGGGAACCGAGCUGGAUUUUUCCUCUCUUAAAACAAAGUUCCCAAUCUUCAGACUAUUUCUAAAGCCAGAAAAGUCCAGGGAAACUCUUAUCUGAUGGGUAAGGUUCGCUGCUGUUCCAUGCAAAUAAUUGGAGAGGGUUCCCCCCCCUUUUCCCCAUCUCGUUCAGUUCUGGCUUCCUUGGUUAGCCGUGGCUUUCCACAGUUGUCUUGUGGCUCUGUUGACCGGGUCGUCGUUGCAACUGGAAAUGCCAGGGCCUGAUCCUGGACAUUCUGUAUGCAAAGGGGGUGUUUGUGUCUCCGAGGCCGUUGCCUUUUCCAUCCGGGCAACACAUAGCACGGCCCCAGCACCAUCAUCAGAGCAUCAGAUUUUGUCAGGCUCAAGAGGUGGUAUUCAACAAAAACGUUGAGGGAGUUGGGCGUUUCGCUCGAGCCUGGUCUAAGAACUGAACUCAAGACUCAGCCAGUUCGUUCUGUCGACCUCUGGCCUUGAGGAACAGUUGGGCAUUUUCCACCCUGAGGGUAACGAAGAGCUAAUUGGACUCUGCUGUACCGAAAUGCUCUUCGUUGAAGUUUUGCACGCCUGUCUUGGAGACUGAAGGAUUCCCUCCCGCUGGCCCAAACAGAGCCACUGAAGAAGUCCUCGAGCGCCGCUUUCACCAUCGUCAGGAUGCGCUUGCCUGUUAACUGCUGGUGCUGCAAUAAAAGCUGGAAGUGAACCUAG